AUGGAUUUAAGAGUGGGCAAGAAGUAUCGGAUUGGACGUAAGAUUGGGUCCGGGUCGUUUGGAGAUAUUUAUUUGGGGACGAAUAUCAUAUCAGGCGAAGAGGUUGCCAUCAAAUUAGAGAACACCAAAGCAAAGCAUCCACAAUUAGAAUAUGAGGCAAAGGUGUACAAAGCAUUGAGUGGAGGGGUAGGAAUUCCGUUUGUUAGGUGGUAUGGUACCGAAUGUGACUACAAUGCGAUGGUUAUUGAUUUAUUGGGACCAUCGUUGGAAGAUCUCUUCAAUUAUUGUAAUCGAAAGUUCACAUACAAGACUGUAUUGUUGUUGGCAGACCAGUUGAUCUGCAGAAUCGAAUACAUUCAUGCCAGAUGCUUCAUCCAUAGAGAUAUCAAGCCAGACAACUUUUUGAUGGGUAUAGGUAGAAGGGGGUCGCAGGUGAAUGUUAUCGAUUUUGGAUUGGCAAAGAAAUAUAGAGAUCCAAGAACUCACUUACAUAUUCCUUAUAGAGAAAAUAAGAACUUGACCGGUACUGCCAGAUAUGCAUCCGUUAACACCCACUUGGGGAUCGAACAGCUGAGAAGAGAUGAUUUGGAAAGUUUGGGUUACGUGUUAAUUUACUUUUGCAGAGGCUCAUUACCAUGGCAAGGGUUAAAGGCUGCCACCAAGAGACAAAAGUACGAUAGAAUCAUGGAAAAGAAGAUGACAACCCCAAAUGAUAUUUUAACCAAGGGGUUACCAAAAGAAUUUUUGGAUUAUAUGAACUACAUUAAAACAUUGAGAUUCGAUGAUAAGCCUGACUAUCCGUACUUGAGGAAAAUUUUCAGAGAUUUGUUCAAGAGAGAAAACUAUAGAUAUGAUUAUGUUUUCGAUUGGACGUUAUACAAGUUCCAACAGGAAAAACAAAGGGAACAAUCACAGAUAACUGAUGACCAACAAAAUAACAAUGACCAACAAUAUCAACAGCAACAACAUCAACAACAGCAACAACAGCAGCAAAUACAACAACCACCACAAUUGCCACCACAAGAUAUAAAUCAACAACAUGCUAUACCUCAAAACAUGCACCGUACUCCCCCAUCUCAAAAUCAACCGGUCCAACAACCAGGUUCUGUGCCAUAUAACUCGCAAUCUCCACAACAACAAUUCAAUACUAUUUACCAACAGAAACCGAAAGUUAGAAGAAUGCCCGAAAAUUAUUCGAAUGUUAAUAGUAACCAACGCUUUAAUAGUCCUUCUCAGGAUGAUUCAAAACCUAAGGUUGUCCGUCGUAUAAAUGAUAAUCAAAGUCUGCAAGCUCAACAAGCUUCAUCAAACAAUCUUUCUACUUGGCUUUAG